AUGAGACCUAUUAUGCUGAUCGGACAAGAACGUCCCUUGACCCAAGUUAAAUAUAACAGAGAAGGUGACCUAUUAUUCACUUGUGCUAAGGAUGGUUCUGCAAGUGUUUGGUAUUCCAUCAAUGGUGAAAGAUUAGGUACUUUUGAAGGUCAUGCCGGUGUGGUAUGGUCCAUUGACGUGGAUAAAGAAUCCAUGUACUGUGUCACCGGUUCUGCUGAUUUCACCAUUAAAUUAUGGAAAUGUAAAAACGGUGAAAACAUUCAAACUUGGAAUACUGACGUUCCUGUCAAGAGAGUAGAAUUUUCUCCAUGUGGUAAUUAUAUCGUAGCUGUCAUGGAUAACGUUAUGGGUUAUAAAGGUUCCUUAGAUAUUUUUGAAAUUAGAAGAGAUCCAAAAACUAAUGAAAUAAUUGAAAUCAAAGAUAAACCAAUUAAAAUCAUUGAAACUCCAGAAGGUAUGAAUGGUCCUACUGUGGCAGGUUGGUCUACUAAUGGUAAAUUCAUCAUUGCAGGUCAUAAAGAUGGUCAUAUCAGUAAAUAUGAUUGUUCCAAAGAUUAUGAAUUCGUCGAUUCCAUGAAAUUGCAUAAACAAAAUGUAACAGAUAUUCAAUUCUCUCAAGAUUUAACAUAUUUCAUCACUUCUUCAAGAGAUUCCACAGCUAUCCUAGUGGAUGUUGCCACUUUGAAAAAAUUGAAAACUUUUGAAUGUGAUUGUCCUUUAAACAGUGCUUGUAUUACUCCUGUUAAAGAAUUCGUUAUAUUGGGUGGUGGUCAAGAUGCCAAGGAUGUUACUACUACUUCAGCAAGUGAAGGGAAAUUCGAAGCAAGAAUUUAUCAUAAAAUCUUUGAAGAAGAAAUAGGUAGAGUUCCAGGCCAUUUCGGUCCAUUGAAUUGUGUUGCUGUAAGUCCAACUGGUACUUCUUAUGCAUCUGGUGGUGAAGAAGGUAUUAUUCGUGUUCAUCAUUUCGAAAAAUCUUAUUUUGAUUUCCAAUAUGAAGUAGAAAAGGCCGCUGAAGCUAAAGAGCAUAUGCAGGAAGCUUAA